AUGUCUGAAUCUAAGGCAAAACAAACUGAAGACAAACGAACAAGUGAAAACAACUCCGAUGCUGGAAACAAUGAAAGCAUAGAAAACUCAUUAAAAGAAAUAAACAAAAAAUUGGCAAAUGUCAUAACAAAGGAUGAUGAUAGUCUGAGAGGCAUGAUGACAACUUUAAUAAAUGAUAUGAAAACCGAUUUGUUAAAAUCUUUUGAACACAAAAUCGAAGUACUGGAGUCGGCUUUGCAUGAUUCACGGCAAGAAAAUGAACAGCUGCAAAAAAGAAUAGAAAAUUUAGAAAAAACAUGUGAGAAUGAAAAAGAUAAGGCCAGUCAGAAAACGGUCGAUAUGAGAAACGUCACUCUUCUUCAAGGCGGAAAACUUAAUGACCUUGAACAAUAUAGUAGAAGGAAUAGCCUCAAAAUUGCCGGAAUCCCAGAAACAACGAAUACGGGCAAAAACUCGUAUGAGACUGCGGAGCAAUCUACAAAGAAGGUCAUUGAAAAACUCAAUUCGACCAUUGAAUGCCUAAAUUUAAAUACAAGUGACAUUGAUAUAUCUCACCGAGUUGGAAAAAAAUACAAAGAUAAGCAUAGGCAAAUAUUAGUAAAGUUUGUGUCACGACACGUGCGAGACAAAGUCAUGAUGAACCGGCGAGUUUUUAAGGGUACACAAAUUUUCAUCAACGAGGAUUUGACAAAACUCAACCAACAUGUCCUGGGCAGUAUAAGAAAAUCGAUUCCAGAAUCAGAAGCGGUGUGGACAUGGGGUGGUUCAAUUUUUCACAAAUCUUCAAGUGGCAAAAUACAACCAGUCCCUUUCACUUCCUACAAAGAAUGGCUAGGUGUCGACUGGGACAAGUCCAUUCUGGGUCAGCGUCUACCUACAUAA